UUCUGAUUUUUAUUUUAUUAACAAUUAAAUUUAGCCGCAGCUGUCCUCCAACUCCACGUCCUGCAAUGCGCCAGCGCUAUUUAAAAGAGGGUUAUUGCCAGCUUACUUCAAUACAAACAUUGUCGCAGCACAAUCGAUAUAUGUUUCUGUUUGACGACGUGUUGCUCAUAUGCAAAGAAAAAGGAGAGCAUAACAGCUGUUAUAAGCUUAAAGAAAAAGUUUCACUUGAAUUUCUGUGGCUUUCUUCUAAUAAUUGUACUAAUUCUUUUCUUCUUGGUUGGCCAACAACGCGCAACUAUAUAGCUCAUUUCAGUACGGAGCGCGAAAAAUCAGACUGGUUUGAAAAGCUGAACUCAGCCAUACAACGUCGUCUCCGGCCAAAAUCCACAACAAUUGGAGUUUUUGUUCAAAUUGAAGGACGACAACAGGUGAAAAAUUUUUUUAUUUUUCUGAUUUUUAAAUUUUUUCCUUUCAUUUUUAUUUUAAAUGUCAAACAGCUAAAUUAGGCUCAAUUUCCCUUCUCACUUUUUUAAAUAUUUUAGGAGCUCUUUCCGGCCAUUAUAUCUUUUUAUAUUAAAAAUUAUAUAUUUUUCACAUGUUCCCAAUUUUAUUUUUUUUUUUUGUUUGAGUGCACUUUUUGAAUGAUUCUUUUUCUCUUAUCCACGCAAAAAAAAAAUAAAAAAUAAUUUUUUUUUCAAAAUUCCAUCAUUAAGUAUUAGAUGUAUUAGAGAUCGGGCUGGGUCUGGACCAAUGCCUGGUUUUUUCCUAUACCCAGAAUCCAGGCCUAUACCCUAUACCCAGAAUUUUAAGCCUUUCUGGGGGGUUUCUGGGCCUGUGGUUUUCCUGGACUACAGGCCCAGGAUCCGGCUCAGGUCAAUAAAUAA